AUGCCGCAUACGAGUCGCAAGAAGAAGGCUAUACACAGAAAGAGGAAAGAAGUUGUGGACGAGGAGGGAUGGACCAGGGUCACCUCCACGAGUUCGGCUCCAGGAGUCUCUCCAAGACCGGCCGCAGGCGUUCCCGAAGGAAUUUUCCAAUCGAGUCUUGGUGACCGCACUGUCGUCAAAGCUCAAGAUGCGGCACUUCGGCCCAUGAAUCCUGUCAAAGGGACGACUGUAGAGACGAUGCGGGUGCAAUACGACAAGAUCGAAGCGAAGUGGCUCGAAAGCGACUUUUGUCGGACGUUUCGAGAGAUCCUGCGUCGAAGCACAGCGGGAGCUGAACGAACGUUUUCCAAUUGUGUCGUCUUCGGCUCAGGGAGUUUCUGCGGAGACGAGAUACACUGGAUAGACAGGCACGAGUCGGCGUUCUACCAAAUCGCGGCUUUCAAGACUGCGGCGGAUACAAUUGGACAGAUCCAGGGCCACCGGCCGCCUUCCUAUGCUCAAGAACCAUACUACAACGAUCUCGAUGCCGAGUUCCUAGCGAGCCUAAACAUUCACCGAGUAGAUCACCCCAAAGGCUUCGACCUGCUCGAUGAAACCUCGUUCGUCUAUUCUCCGGCCGCGGAGCCCGAAGUUGAGCUUCAGAUCAUCUCCCACGAGCCCAGGGUAUGGUUGCACAGGUCACUCGAGCACAUGGUUCAGUCGGACGAAAGAACUACCACAGACACGGGCUUCACUGAAGACGAAAGCAAACCCAACCGGAACUUGACCAAAUCCUUUAAAAAUACUCAUGACUUCUCACAACUGCCGCCCCUGGACCUGAAAAACUUCCCUUUCCAUGGCUCUGUCCUAUGGUGGCGGAAGACUCCCGAUCAUGAGAUCCAGCCUUGA